AUGGCUUCCUCAAUUACCUCAUCUUUGCAAACCAGCAAUUUGCGGUCUGCCUUUUUGGGCGAGAGAAAUGGAUUCUCUGUUUGUAGUGUUUCUGUAACUCAUGUUGGGUUUUUGAAAAAGACUAUAGAAUGUAAGGAAUCCCGAAUUGGAAAGCAACCUAUUGAAGUGCCAUCUAAUGUGUCAAUCAAAUUGGAAGGUCAGGCUUUGGAAGUAAAGGGACCAUUGGGGCAACUUUCGAUGACUUACCCACGAGAAGUGCUGGUUCAAAAGGAGGAUUCUGGGUUUCUAAGGGUCAGAAAGGCAUUAGAGACUAGAAGGGCCAAUCAAAUGCAUGGCCUUUUCAGGACACUGACGGACAAUAUGGUGGUGGGAGUGUCAAAAGGAUUUGAGAAGAGGCUGCAAUUAGUUGGCGUCGGUUAUCGAGCAACCCUAGAAGGGAGGAUCUUGGUAUUAAGUCUUGGGUUUUCCCAUCCAGUUAGGAUGGAUAUUCCUGAUGGCAUACAGGUGAAGGUGGAAGAGAAUACCAGAGUCGUUGUCAGUGGAUAUGACAAGAGCGCUAUUGGCCAGUUUGCUGCGUCGAUCAGGAAAUGGAGACCCCCAGAACCAUACAAAGGCAAGGGUGUGAAAUAUGCGGAUGAAAUUAUAAGAAGAAAGGAGGGAAAAGCAGGAAAGAAAAAGUGA